AUGAUGGCCCCCUUCAAGAAAAGUCUGUUCGUGUCCGCCGUGGCGGUGGCCCUGGCCACGGCCGUAGCGAGCGCGGAAGGAUACAGCACCGCCGCCGUGUCGACCAACUCGGCGUACCAGGCCAAGCGAAUGCUGCGACUGCAGGCCCAGGAGGUCGCGGAGGAGGAAAUGGCCGACGACUCGGAGUGCGGAUCCCUUGAAAUGGCUGAGGACGACUCGGAGUGCGGAUCGCUUGAAAUGGCCGAGGACGACUCAGAGUGCGGAUCCCUCGAGAUGGCCGAGAGCGACGACGGCUCGAACGCUAACACACCUCCCAGCUCGGGCGGCGACACCAACACUUGGACGCAGGCCCCGAGCACCAACACUGGAGGCUCCUCCAACAACUACUGGAGCGCCGGUAGCUCCGCCAACACUUGGAACUCGGGCGGCGACACCAACACUUGGACGCAGGCCCCGAGCACCAACACUGGAGGCCCCUCCAACAACUACUGGAGCGCCGGUAGCUCCGCCAACACUUGGAACUCGGGCGGCUCCACCAACAACUGGAGCGGUGGAUCGAACACUGGAAACACCGAAGGCUCGAAGCAAAUUGACGACCAGAACUCGGAGAGCUCCAAGAAGGAUGAGAACAAGGAUGAGAACUCGGAGAGCUCGAAGAAGGAUGAGAGCAAGGACGAAAAUAAGGAGGAGAACAAGGACGACGGCGGAAACACCGAGAAUGCUGCUGACACGAGCGUGCAGCAGCAGACCCAGGGGGAUAUUGGUGGCGAGUCGGACCCGGAGGUAGCUGGUGAGGCGAACCCGGAGAUCGGCGGCGAAGCUGACUCGGAGUGUGGAUCUCUGGCGAUGGCGGAGGAUGAUUCCGAGUGCGGCUCGCUGCAGAUGGCCGAGGAUGACUCGGAGUGCGGCUCCCUCGAGAUGGCCGAGGACUCGGAGUGUGGCUCGCUGGAGAUGGCAGAGGAUAACGGCGACAAGCAGGACUACAGCGGCUUCAAGUCGAACAUCGACUUCAGCACGUUCCAGGGCACGGACGCCAACGCCGGCACCGUGUCGCCGCAAUAG